AUGUUCGUGAAAGUCGCUGUUGUGUCUGGCUCCAAUAAGGGAUUGGGCUUUGCCAUAGUGAAGGGCUUAUGUCAACGAUUUGACGGAGUAGUAUUUUUAACUUCAAGAGAUGAUAUUCGAGGACAAAAAGCGGUCAUAGAACUGAACAAAAUAGGAUUAUAUCCGGAGUACCAUCAGCUCGAUGUGGCUGACAGAGAAAGCGUUACAAGAUUCAGAGAUUAUGUUAAGCAAAAGUACGGUGGGAUAGAUAUUCUUAUUAAUAACGCUGCAGUGGUUGAUCAUUUCACGAAUCCUUGUACGUAUGAUGAAGGAAAAGAAAUAAUUGAUAUUAAUUUUAAAAGUAUGUUAACAAUGCAAGAACUAAUCUACCCGUUAGUGAAUAACAAUGGCCGUAUCCUCAACAUUUCAAGCAGUUGCGGUCAUCUUUCAAAUUUAAAAAGUAAGUAUUGGAUCGAUAGACUUUCUAAAACAGAUUUAAAAAUGGAUGAUAUUAAUGAUUUCAUCGAUUGGUUUCUCGAAUCGAAAAAGAACGGUACAUUCAGUUCGGAUGAUUUUGCUGAUAAUGGCGCAAUAGCGGCGUAUAGAGUGGCAAAGAUGGCUCUCAGUGCUUUGACGAUUAUACAACAAAAAGAGUUAGAAUCUAGGAAUAUAUCCGUCAACUCGGUGCAUCCUGGACUAGUGCGUACGGAUAUGACUAUGGGUUAUGGAUUUUAUACUACUGAACAGGCAGCUGAGACUCCGAUAUACCUCGUACUUGAAGCGCCUCAAACGUUGAAAGGAGCGUAUGUGUGGUUCGACAAAAGAACUCUCGACUGGUACGACUACAAUAAAGAUUAUUAUUUCACGGUUAAAUCGCUGAUUGUAUAA